UUCCGCCUGUACCAGCCCCGCCCCUUGACCCCUGACCCGACAGGCAUGUAGUCACGAUAGGACUGCAGCCAAGCUAAAAUUACACCCUGUCUGCCUCCACAGCGGGGGAAGGAACUCUGAAGGAACUGUGCACGGUCUUCUCAAGGUCAAGACACACCAUCUUGUCAAGGUCAAGUCGCCUAGAGCACGGUUAAGUCCGGCCGUUGCCAUGGCUUCAGAUACAGACUCGCUGGAGAGGUACAAGGCUUCCAUGGUCCUGAGUGGUGUAGGUGAUGCUCUAGGCUAUAAGAACCAGGAAUGGGAGUACUGUAAGUCCGGAGUGGAAAUCCACAAGCAGCUGGCGGAGCUGGGCGGACUCAGUAACAUCACGGUGGAGCUGCCGGGCUGGCCGGUUAGUGAUGACACGGUCAUGCACCUGGCUACGGCGGAGGCACUGGUUAUAGACUCCGACAAGAAGGACGACAUCUACCUUGAGCUGUGUAAGCGUUACGUGGCCUGUAUGAACGACAUGGAGGGGAGGAAACCUGGACCAACGUCCAUAUUAGGCUGCAAGCAGAUGAGCCCAGGCAGUGCCAUCAGUGGCUGGCAUAUACCCUUCAACCCUAGUGGUACGGGGUGCGGAGCCGCCAUGCGCGCCAUGUGUAUCGGGUUACGCUGUCCCCGGCUGGAUCAGCUGGACGAUCUGAUCGCCUUCAGCGUUGAGAGUGGACGGAUGACCCACCAUAACCCCCAUGGAUACUGCGGCGCCCUGGCCUCGGCCCUUUUCGUGUCGUAUGCCGUCCAGAACAAGCCGCUGCGUGAGUGGGGGAAGGGUUUACUCGACACACUGCCCCGGGCACUCGAGUACGUGAAGAAGAGCAUCCGAAGCGCGUACGAGAACGAGGAGGCCUGGUUCUACUUUCCCGCGAAGUGGGAGGAAUAUCUGGAGGAAAGGGAGCUACUGGAUGGGACGUCUGACCCCAAGUGGCCAGACAACUACGACGACCCCGCUGUUCGCGACAAGAUCUACAAGGACGACAUCAGCAGCGACGGCUGGCCGGGCCGGCGCGGCCACGACGCUCCGCUGAUCGCGUACGACGCGCUGCUGGCUGCCGGGGACAGCUGGGAGGAGCUCUGCAGCCGUUCCAUGUUUCACGGAGGUGACAGUGACUCCACCGGUGUGAUCGCGGCGGCGUGUUUCGGAGUUCUGUACGGUUACCACGGUGUGCCGGACUGUAACCACAAGAAACUGGAGUACAGGUCAAGACUGGAGAAGCUGGGAGAACAACUCUACCACAAGAGCCACCCUUAAACUGUUACAGUGCAACAGUUCUGUGUUGCUAGGUGAUAGUAACUGCUGUUCUGUGUUGCUGAAGGUGCACUCUCACUGGACUUGUGCCAAGCUUGCGUCACUGCGGGGUUCCUUCACUGCGUCACUGUUUUGUUAUUUUCUCCGAUUUUUUAUGAUUUAGAUAUUGCGUAUAUAAUACGUAAAAGUAUGACUUAGAAGACGACAAAAUACACAAAAAGGAAGAAAAUUGUUCAUCUUUGAAAUUUGUUGAGCAUCUUUCGAACCCUGCAGUGACACAAGCUUGACGCAAGUGCAGUGAGAGUGUAACUUAAGUUACAGUCCCGUUCCAGAUUGGAGAAGCUUUACCGCAAGAGCCACCCUUAACCUU